CUAAUUCACAGAAAGUGUUUAGUACCCUGUUUCUUGUUGUGCAUCAUAUUCUAUCUGCAACAAUGUCAACCUCAGCGGCGAACCCCCAGGCGCCCUCGUCCAACUCCCCUCCUCGAUCCCCCUCGCCCCCUCCUACCGCACCUACGGCACUCACCCCGGGGCCUCGCGCAACCGCUUUUACGACUCUAUACCAGAAGACGCUCUCGGCGACGCUGAAAGCUAUUUCUUAUGAUGCGUUCGCGGCUUGUUUUCCCGAGAUUGCGGAGAGGGCUCCGGGGGCAUUGAGGGCUUAUCAUGGGCAGUUUUUAGGACGAUUGGAGGGGUUGGCUAAGGUAUGUUUGCGCGGAGAAAGAUUGGAAGGAAAUGAGGGGAUAUAUUGUGGAUUGGGUGCUGAUUACAUACACAGGAGGAAUUCUCAACGAUUGUCGAGGAAAGAAAUAUAGUCCAUCACCUUAAUAAACUGGAAGACAUCAUCGCCACCGCACGAUACCGCAAAUCGCAAUCCUCGUCUGACGAUGCACCUCCUAGUUCCGAAAACGAGGAGGUUCCUCCGCAUACACAGCCUCCUCCCGAGUUAUUGCGGGCGAAUCUUACGCCCCAUUUGCAGAGUCAGCAGUCGCUCUUGAAUGCGAAGUUGCAGACGGUGGAGAGUCAGAAUGCGCAAAUGGCGAAGAGGAUCGCGGAGCAGAGGAAGGAGAUUGGGGGGUUAGUGAGCGGUUUGGAAAAGUUGGUAGGAGAUCUGGAAGGCGCGGGGGACGGAUUGGGGGAGAAGGGCGAGGAAUUGGCGGGGAGUAGUAGGGAGGUGGAAGUGAUUUUGAGGGGUUGA